GCAACUUCCGGUCUCUGAUCAGGACAACAUCCGGUUUCCUUCGAUACCUGAUCAGACCCGGAUCACACAGCAGCAGAAGUUGGUGUCAGAUGAUCCCAGGCGACCAGUCAAGGAUCUGCGGCGGUGAUGUCGGGGGUGGAGCAGCGGUACAGUGACAUCAGCCCUGUGACCCUACAGGUGGCGGGCGGGGUCGUGACCUCCAGGCUGUACUGCAAGGAAGUGGAGGGUUUGUCUCAGGCAGAGUCCUUCCUGGUGGAACUUUAUCGCUGCAAACUGUGUCAGUUCACCUGCGGACUCAAGGCCACCAUCAGCAGCCAUGUCUUACUCCGCCACGACCCCCCAGACCUCCCAUGCCUUAGCGGACCUGAAGGAGACGAGGUGGGCCGGGAGGGCUCCGAGCCAGAACUCCAGCGGAUGGAGUCGCCGUACCAGCUGGAUCUGAACGGAGAGGCUAAGCAGGGCGAUGAAGAUGAGGAGUUCCUGCUCUACAACAUGCUGGACUCCAUGAGCCCAGCCAGCUGCGACAUGACCACCGAAGACGGGCUUCAGGUGGCCCACACCUGCGAGGUCAGCACAUUGUUUGACGAUGAGGAGGAAGAGUCUUCGGUCUUCCCUCUGAAAAGAGGAGCAGCAGACAUUUCCUGCCCCAUCGACCCCCCCUCCACCCAGGAGGAGAUGGACCAGUCUGCCCACCUCAUGACUCUUGGACUCUGUCGUAUCUCCACCAUCAAAUCUCCUGUGGAAGCCUCCUGUCUAGAGCAGAGGACAGAUGGACAGAGAGAGGCUCCGCCCCUCCGCCACCGCCAGCUGCCAUGUCUCCUCUGUCCCGUGACGCUUCCAUCCAGACGGAUGCUCGGUGUCCACGUCCGUUCCCAUAGAGCGGCCGGCGGCUUUGACUGUCCCAGCUGUGGCUGGACCUCCGACAGCUGGGAGGCGUUGGAGCUUCACUGGAGGAACCACAGUAAGAAGGGGAGGAGGAGGAGUAGGAUGGGAAAGCAACCGAGGAGGAAGGAAGAUCAAGAGCGUUACAAGGUCACGCGAAGGAGGGAGGAGCAUCAGGGAAAGCAGAGGAGCUGUGGGAAGAACAGAAGGAGUGCUGCGCCAGGAAGCCCAAUCAGCACAUCCACAGACAGAUGGAGGUCCCAGCCAAUUGAACAGACAGAAACAAAGAAGGCAGGGCUUCCUGACAGGAGUUCUGUUCCCAGUCAGACCAGUUUACUCCAAAGUGGUUCAUCACAGAAUGACUCAGGAAACAAGAAAACGGAGGAGCAGAAAUGUGAUGGCGAGCAGAUUAGUCUUACUUGCUCACUGUGCCACAGAAAGUUUUCAUCUAAGCUCACACUGAAACGUCACCUGGGUGUCCACAGAGCGGAAAAACCUUUUAUCUGUCCCCACUGUCCAUACAGCAGCAGACUGAAGGCGUCACUGAUGCAACAUCUGAGAACUCACACAGGUGAGAAACCCUUCAGGUGUUCUGAGUGCCCAUAUGCUUCCAUUGAUCGCAGCUCUCUGCUGAGACACAGCAGGACUCACAGCCAGGAGAAACCGUACAAUUGUCAGCUCUGUAGCUACAGCAGUAUCCAAAAGAAGAGUCUGGACCUUCACGCACGACGUCAUCACACAGGUGAGGUGUUUCCAUGCCAGCAGUGCGAGUACUCCAGUCCAGACCGCCAACUGCUGCUGAAACACAUUCGAAGACGCCAUACCCCCUCCCAGCUCUGAUUGGACUGUGAAGCUGCUGUUGAUGUCACUUAGUGUGCUGGUCACAUGUUUACAUGACAAUAAAAAGAUUAUUACUAAUAA